CUCGCAGGGCAGACGAGGAGCUUCUUCCCGCUCCAGGGGCCGCGGUCUGACCCUGCCCUUCCCAACACGCGGCCCCAGCGCGGGGCCUGCGGCACACGGAACUGUUUGAGUGCGGUGCCGUGUUUUCGGCCGGCGCGUGUUUAGAAGCGGCGCAGCGGCGGCCGGCAGAUCAUAAUUUUGGAGGAUUGCAGCACUGAGAUCUCUGGAGUCUGCUGUGUCUAGCCAUAAUGAGUUUGGUUGCUUAUGAAGAUUCAGACUCCGAGACAGAAGCUGAAAAGACUGAAGCCCCUGAUGCUUCUGGCAGACAAACAAACCAGCUGAGUUCUUCUGUGAGUUGUGUUCAGCACUUUGCACCUGGUAGUACAGAAUCUGCACAUGGGAUGCACCCUGCUGGCAGCGCUGGCAGGUCUGCCUGGAGCCGGGUUUGUGAAGAUCCCCCUGAGCAUUAUGCACGGAAUAGCAACACUGACUUGGCACCUCCCCAUUGUCAGAGGGUUUACUCUGGCCCUGCUGCAGUGUCUGUGGCUUACAGAAACUAUGAACAGGCUUCAAGCUCUUCAACAAAUUCUGGAAAUGGCUUUUCCCAGAAGAGGGCACACAACGACAGCACUCCUACCCUAAAAGGAAUUAGGCCAUAUAUCCCAAAACGACUGCGUCAAGAAAAUUCCAAUAAGCCUGAAAAAGAAGAAUCUGACCAGAGAGGUAGCUCAGAUUGUGAUGUUAAGGUAACUGGGCCUGGAGAGCAGGCUUUGAGAAAGACCUCUGAAUUAAUUAAGCCAUAUUUAGGAUCUAAAUAUAAAGUAACUGAAGUUCCCAAAAGCUUAAUAUUUUACAUGUCUAAACACAGCGGCCCCAUUAAUGAAAUCCAGUGGUGUCCUGUACUGGAACAAAGUCACUUGCUUCUCUCAGCUUCUAUGGACAGAACAGUCAAGGUUUGGGAUGCAGUAGAUACAGGCUGCUGUUUAAAAACCUUCUCCUGUCACUCCUGUGCCGUUCGAGCUGCCCGGUGGUCAUCCUGUGGAAGAAGGAUCCUCAGUGGGGGCUUUGAUUCCAUGCUGCAUUUAACAGAUGUGGAAACAGGGAAGCAGAUAUUUAGCAGCAAAACAGAAUUUAGGAUCAGUGCAUUGAAGUUCCACCCUACAGAGUCAAAUGUUUUCGUUUGUGGAGGAUUCAGCCCAGAAGUUAAAGCAUGGGAUUUAAGGACUUCUAAGGUGUUGAGAGUGUACAAAGCUGCAGUGCAACAGACUUUGGAUAUCCUCUUCCUCCCAGAAGGAAGAGAAUUUCUUACCAGCACAGACGCCGUGAGCCGGGACUCGGCCGAUCGCACCAUCGUUGCGUGGGACUUCCAGAGUGCUGCAAAAAUCUCCAAUCAGAUCUUUCAUGAGCGUUACACUUGCCCCAGUCUGAGCCUGCACCCAAGGGAGUCUGUGUUUGUUGCUCAGACCAACGGGAACUACCUGGCUCUGUUUUCUGCCCAGCGACCCUACAGAAUCAACAAAAAGAAAAGAUACGAAGGACACAAGGUGGAAGGAUUUGCAGUGGGCUGUGAAUUUUCUCCAGAUGGAACACUUUUGGUGACGGGAAGUUCAGAUGGCAAAGUGUUUUUCUACAACUAUCAUACUUCAAGGAUUAUUCGCACGCUGUCUGCACAUAAAGAAGCUUGUGUGAGUGCAACAUUUCACCCAGUCUUGCCAUCACUCCUUGCAACAUGUGAUUGGGCUGGAGAAAUCAAGAUCUGGCAAUAACAACCAGAGUUACUUUUUAGGAUGUCUCUCUCCUGUUAGUCUGUCAGAGGCUUAGGAAAUAAGCCAGAGUAUGGAAUGUGAAAUUCUGUUGGGAUGUGUUGUAAGCAGGAGAGAGACUGUUGUCUUUUCUUCUAUGACCUCUAUGUUUGUGCUUUCAUAAUGCAGUUAAGAUGGUUUUAUGGUUGGCUGUUGAGCAAAGAAAUGGUCCUACUCUCUCCCUCAACCCUGGAGACAAAUUUUUAACCCUUUUGUGUCAAUCUUGUGCUCAUCAAGUCCCAUUCUGCUUUGAGCAAGCACCUAAAUUUAAGAAAAUUAUUGUUCUUUUGAUGCAUCUUUUCAAUGCAGCUUUCUUAGACCAGAGUUUAUCACAGAAUCAUAGAAUCAUUUAGGUUGGAAAAGAACUUUAAAAUCACUGAGUCCAAGCUUUAACCCAGUAGAGCCAAGGCCACCACUCAACCACGUCCCACAGUGCCACAUCUGCAAAUCUUUUAAAUACCUACCUCUAAGGAUGGUGAUUCCACCACUUCCCUGGGCAUCCUGUUCCAAUGCCUGACAACCCUUUGGCUGAAGAAGUUUCUUCUAUUAUCCAAUCUAAACUUCUUCUGUCAGGAGGAGACUGUUUCCUCUUUUCCUCACCAAAAGUUGAGGACACACUAUUUAACAAAUGAUGAUAUUCAGAUCAGUGAAUACCUAUUCCAUCUUCCUGAAAUGUUUUUUCCCACUUUUUUGAACUGGUUUAGCUCCCUGACCUGAUCAAUGUAGGGUUAGAGAAGUAAUAUUGUGGUUCAAGGCAAAACAGCUUCCAUGCACAAGAAGGGGGAAGGUCACAGGGCAGGUGGGACUGCUUCUUCUGAAAAUGGAAGGUCUAUUAUCAGUUCAGUUUACUGUAAAUGCCUUCUGAGAGUUCCAGGGAAAGGUGUGACAGAUGGCUUGAACCUAAUUUUGAAGUCAAUACACGUGUGGUUUUGAAAUCCUGGUGUUUAAACUUGAGUUUUAAACUUUUAUUACUGUGUAAAAAGAGAAAGAAACUAUGUAUAAAUACUUUUAAGGAAGAAAUAAACAUUUUUUAAAAAUACA